AAAUGGGGAAAAGAACACAACAAAUUCAACAGGUGGCUCUGCAUUUUUCUACAGUUUGUUGGGUUGCCGAAUUUCUCAAUAACGUUAAUAUGGCUUCCUUGUAUUGAGGGAAAGCAAUACUUUAUUCGUUGUAAUUUGUUAUGAAAUGUAAAUGUAUGUUAGUUAUUAUUCUAACCUAUGCAUUAGACGCAUUAGUCAAACAUAAACGUGAAAUGAGUUAUAAGUGUUGAAAAUGUUCCGAUUUUUAAGUGGAAGAAAACCUAGAAAUGCAUCAUCGAAAAGUACAAAUGCAAAAUCGAAUAAAAGUGUGAUAAAUAAAAAUCUGUUACAAUGUAGGGUUAUUUUAUUAGAUGGUACCGAUUUAUCAGUGGAAUUGUCGAAAAAAGCAAAAGCACGAGAUCUUUAUGAACAAGUGUUCUACUCUUUGGAUUUAAUAGAGAAAGAUUAUUUUGGUUUGCAGUUUACUGAUGCAAAUCAUGUUAAACAUUGGUUGGAUCCAACAAAAAGUAUUAAAAAACAAAUAAAAAUUGGUCCGCCAUAUACUCUAAGGCUUAAAGUGAAAUUCUAUUCUUCUGAACCCAAUAACCUAAGAGAAGAAUUGACUAGAUAUCAGUUUUUCUUACAACUCAAAUUGGAUAUUCUAGAAGGAAAAUUAGAAUGUCCUGACAAAACUGCUGUAAAAUUAGCUGCUCUUGCUUUACAGUCUGAACUUGGAGAUUAUGAUGAAACGCAGCACACUCCAGCUACGGUUUCAGAAUUUCGUUUUGUUCCGAACCAAACUGAGGAAAUGGAAAUAGAAAUUUUGGAAGAAUUCAAAAAAUGCAAAGGACUCUCACCAGCCAACGCAGAACAGAGUUAUUUAAAUGAAGUUAAAUGGUUGGAGAUGUAUGGUGUGGAUAUGCAUACAGUACUUGGAAAAGACAGUAUGGAAUAUAAAUUAGGCUUAACUCCAACAGGAAUAUUAGUUUUUGAAGAACCUAAUCAAAAGAUAGGUUUAUUUUUCUGGCCUAAAAUUGGAAAAUUGAAUUUUAAGAAAAAAAAGUUGACCUUAGUGGUAGUCGAGGAUGAUGAUCAAGGAAGAGAACAGGAGCAUACUUUCGUCUUCAGGUUACACAAUGAAAAGGCGUGCAAACACUUAUGGAAAUGUGCUGUUGAGCAUCACGGGUUUUUCCGUUUAAGAGCACCCGUGAAAGGACCUUCGGCUAGACAAAAUUUUUUCAGGAUGGGAUCCAGGUUCCGUUAUUCAGGAAGGACAGAAUAUCAGAGUACAUUCCAAAACAAAGCUAGAAGAACUGUACAAUUAGAAAGGAAACCAAGUCAAAGAUAUGGAAGGAGGCAGAGUCACGUAUUGCGAGAGAGGGAGCGGGAAAAGGAACGAGAGCAAGUGUCUUCCACUAGCAGUGAAAAAUCUGCUAGUGAACCGAUUUAUUGCACCGUUAAAGAUGAUAUUACAAAGAGUUUAACUCCAACACCAUCGACCCCAACUCCAACAGGUUUGGUCAGUCAAAGCAGUUUCGGUAGGGCGUCGAUAGGACAGAAUAGUUUUGGAAAGGCAUCUAUUUGUUCAGCUGGAAAAGUAUCACUUGGUGGGAGUACAUCACAGAGUCCUGUACCAUCAGUUAAUAGUAGAAACGGAACUCUUCCAAGAAAUAAACCAACUACACCAACAUCUCCACUACCGCCAAUUAGCCCAACUCCCUCAAAUAAUGAUAGUCAAUUGGACUUCCUGUUUAAAAGUUUGGCUAAGGAAUCUCUAACAGGAAUGGCUAGAGACGACAAAAGAAAUGAGAAUACUGAAAUUGAAAAAAAUGAUGGUUCAAAAUCACUUCCAAAUGAGAUUCCGAAUAAUAUCACUAAAAUUGUUGGUGUGGCAAAACCGUUACCACCAGGACAAAUUAAAUGUAACAUCUUGAAGGCUAAAGCUGAAGAAGAAUUACAAAAUCAAAAAUUAACCAAUCAAAUGUUCGUUCAAGCAAAAGAAGAGGAAACUUCUUUAAAUGCGGCAACAUUUAUAGCUGUGGGCGGGGAUAAAUUAACUUUAUCCGUCAGUGGUCCACCGAGUUUGCCACCCAUCAUUACUAAUUCCAUUUUAAAAUCGCCUAAAAUAAUCGAAAAGGAAUCAGUAGACGAAAACAAAAAUAAAAACGAAGAUAAAGAUCACAAGAGAUGUCCCACACCUGUAACUGUAACAUUCUUUGGACAGAACGACGGUAAAUUGGAGAUCUGUAAAGUUGAAGAUGAAAAAAUCAAUUUGAAUCCGUUCGCUGAUUUCUUGAAUGAUAGGAAUGGUAAUCCUUUUAAUUCUAUCAGUGUCUUUCAUCCUAAUAAUCCGUUUUGUGAUUCUGAAACUGACAAUAAGGAUGAAGUUGUAGAUAGUGAUUCAAAGGAAUCUGAUGAGGAAAAUAAAACGAGCUUGGACGACGGAUCUGAAUCAAAACCAACAACUCCUCUUAGUCCUACACUCAGCAAAGUUUCGCCCUGGUUGGUUUCUUCAGAUGUAGUUUCAUCUCCAGUUUCAAAGGUCGAUACAACUGAAACGACAAUUAUACGAAAAUCUGUGAUUACAACGCAGCUAUGAGAGAAUACUCUAUAUUUUACAGUAUACAAUGAUCUAACUUGUAUACUGGAGCUUUUUAGAAACUGCAAUCAAAUUUUAAGGUUAUUAAACUUACAUUUAAGAUCGACUUCUUUAAAUUUUUUAUAAAAGUGGUAUUGUUACUGUUUUUAAAGUGUACUAGUUUUGGUAAGAGGACCAUGAAGUCUAUUCCGUAACUUUUUUGGUUAUAAAUAACCAAUAGUUAUAUUUAACGCAUUGUUCGUAUUCUAUAAUCUAAACUUUAGUCAUACAUGUAACCAACAUCGGUUAUAGAGUUGGUUAUAAUAUUAUAUAUAUCGACAAGGUGUAACGAUAUAGAAUAACUUAACUUCAAUAACAUUUUGUUUUGAGAUUAAAUGGCUAUUUCAGGAAACUUUGUUGUAACUGUUUGACACAAAAAGGGACUACAGUAAAUGACAAAUUUUAUAAUGUAUAUAAUCUUCAGGUUUAUUUUCCACAUUUAACUUUUAGCAACGAAGCACAUCUAAUGAACAGAAAUGACUAAAUAAGGAUGCCGUUCAUUCUCUAAUAAAAAAUAUUUUACCAUAUAUACAUAAAGGUAUAAGAAUUUCAUGUAUUUCCACACAUUUAAAAGUUUUACGAACACUGAACUUGAGACAUGGAUGCUAACAUAUGGAUACAGGAACAAUGUUUCACUUCCCCAUCUGUUAGUUGUUGUAUAUCGAAGGUCUGUAACGUUUUAUUAAAUAGGUGGGUAAGAUUUCCAACGGCACCAAAGAAUAUUAAUAGAAAUAUUCAAAUGUUUUAUAAUCAGUAUGAAUUUCCAGGAGUGAUACGGUGCAUUGACUGCACUCAUAUAGCCAUUAUUUCACCACCUAACCUUCAUCCAUUACAUCCCGCAGGUCAGGGGCGCAACAACCUAACUCUCAAAAGGGGUGUCCACAGAAUUCUUUAUAAUGAAUAAAAGGUUGGCUUAUUAUAAUUGCAUUGGGCUUGUUUAACGUCGCUAUGAAAAGUAAUUGAUUGUUGUAAUAAAAUAAUUUAUCUUUUUUCCAGAUUUACAAAAAAACUGUAUUCACAUUUAUAAAUUCUUGAGCUAGUGCUACGAAUUCUAAGGAAUCUAAUAUGUAUUUAUAAACGUGGAAAAUUACUUAAUCUUUUUCGUUCAUGGUACGUUUAGAGGCCCAAGCAAUGCACUGAAACUGCGUUCAACUUCACAAGAUGAAGCAGGACUUGUCAUUAAAAGUUCAACUUCUGAAAACAUAUCUCUGACCAUAACAAAAUUAUCUAUUAUUACAAAGUUUACUAUUUUACUAUUGAAAAAAUAACUAUACGCCGAUAACAUAACCAAAAAAAUGUGCUCCCUGAAGUUAGUUUCUAGUACCAACAUGGUUGAAAUCAUAUAAUGGCAAGGAUAAGGAAAUUAAUCGGUCAGUUAGUUUUAAACAGCUUUUUAUUUUUAACAGUAGAUCAAGCAAAACAGUGCAAGCGGCCAUUAAUAACCCAAUGGUUACAAAUAACCGAAAAGUUACAGAAUAGACCACUUUCACUUAUAUUUUAAUCACCUCAAUUUUUCUGUUACAUUUUUGUCUUCUACAAGGGAAACUGCUUUUCUUGAAGGUAAUUUUUUUUAAUUCUUGAUAACAAAAUAAAUACAAUUAUUUCGAUUGGUUUGCAAUUCAUAGUUUUUAAAAUAUUGAACUAUGCCUUAAAUAUUUCGAUGUUAAUAUUAGUAGUUCCAAGACUAGGGUGUAGUUGGUGAAUUACUUUAGGCCAUAAAUAUGUUGCAUUGGUCUCGAAUUUGUUUCCUAUAAAUCUUUUUAAUUUAAAUAAAUGUUGCAGAUUAUGCACUAUUUUUAAAUUUAACACAUUUUAGUAUUUUUACAGUGAGAUAUGCUAGUUUUGAUAUAAUAGUUUGGCUUUCAUUAUUAUGACAGUCUAGAAUUAUUUAUAUUAUAUUUUAGAAAAAUAAUAGUACAGCUUUUGAAGGGGUAAAUUGAAAACUUUAUUUUAUUUUACUAUUUUUAUUGCAGCGUUCAUAUUUUAGUAGUGAUUAUAAAAUAAUAUUGUGUAAUUGAUUAUAACUCACCACUUCUCAUGUAAAUACAUGGUAGUUUUUGAGUCAAAAUGAUAAUUUAUCUACAGAAAUUCUGUUUCUGUCCAAAAAAGUGCUCCUGGUAUAUAUCACUAUUUUUUAAACAUUUCAAUUGAAACGUAUUUUACUACAAUUUUUACAUUUUUCCAUUAAAUCAAGUAUAUAAUAAAAUAAAUGGAUGGAAAAUGGUCACAUCUAUAGUAGAAGAGUCUUAAGGGCAACACCACUGAAGAGCCCGGUUUUUGAAGAUCAUUUUUGGAAUAUUUUUUCAAAAAAACUUUAUAUCAUAUGCAAAAUCUAAUUAGAUGACUUUAUUAUACAUGUUCUGAAGUAAUUAGUUUGAUUUUUCCAGACCGUUUAAAAACAAGCAUAAGAGGAAUUUUUAGCACCACUUUCGUCGUAGCUAUUGAUCUGAAACAUGAAAAUCAAGUUUUUUUUAAUUUUUGAACUAAAAGCAAGAGAAUGACAACUUCACGCUUGUUUUAAUGAUAGUGACACUUGCUUAUUUUUGAAAUUUUUGGACAAUCAAAUGCUAAUGAAGAAAUAUGGUCUUGUGUUUUGGUGUUUCGGAGAUAAGUUUUGAUGAACCUCAAUCAUGAAAAACUUCUCUGCAUAGUCAUAGUGAUUGGAAACACAAUAUUUUGAAAGUGACAAUUUCAAAAUAUGAAAUCCGUGUCUAAGCCGUUAGGUAGUUAUUUAACCUCUCAAUCUACCCCUUUAAAAGAAAUAUAUUCAUUUUUAAGAAAAGUGUACAAGAAUGACCAAUUUCGAUAAUACAAUCAGCUCUAAAAACUGAUAUACAUAAUUUUAAAACGUAUUGUCUUAAGAGUUAUAUUUUUUUAGAUAAAAUUAAUUUAUUGUACUUAGAAGGUUUAUUCUUUCAAUUGAUUUUAUUUGUAAUCAUUUUAUAUUUUAUUGAAAAAAUCUAUUAGUGCCUUUUUACAGCAAUAAUUAUUGAUAAUAUGCCAUGUGUACUUAAAUUUCGAAACUUUUACAUUAACAGGUACAAAGGUAUAUGUCAAAUUCGUAGUAAAUAUAUUUUUUUAAAUAAUUUCAGAAUCUCAUGUGUGAAUUGUAGAGAAAAAUCAGCCUGCCAUUUAUUUGCAAAUUAAAAUCUUCUGAACAUUCUCGGUUGGGUAGAUGCAAAUAUAUUUUUUUUUAGAAACAGAAUACUUGAAGUGCCAUUCCAAAUCAGAAAAAGUGUCUUCUUGUUCAGUAAAAUAAUUAUACGUAAAAUGACAUGAAACAAAAUAAAAGAUAAAUUUAAUUCCAAAACUUAAUAAUUUUUUAAAAGUACCAUUUUGGCAUGCAUUUUUGUUUUACUGUUCAUCAAGAUCAACUAUAUAGUAUGCUUCCAUGUCAUAAGACUUUCAAAACAUUAUAAAAUUUGUAUCCGUCCUUUAUAUUAUUCCUAAAUAAAGUAUUUAUAUAUGUUUUUUA